UGGAGCUGAUGGUGCUGGCCAUUAUGUCAAGAUGGUGCAUAAUGGUACUGAGUGUGGAGACAUGCAGCUCAUCUGUGAGGCAUAUCAUCUGAUGAGGGAUGCACUUGGGAUGAGUGAAGAUGAGAUGAGUGGCGUGUUUAGGGAAUGGAACAAAGGCGAGCUCGACUCUUUUCUUAUUGAAAUCACACAGAACAUUUUGGCUUAGAAACACACAGAUGGGACACCACUAGUUAGGAAAAUCAGAGAUGCAGCAGGACAGAAAGGAACAGGCAAAUGGACAGCCAUCUCUUCACUCGACUUGGGCAUGCCUGUCACACUGAUCGGUGAGUCUGUGUUUGCACGUUGCCUUUCCUCUUUGAAAGACGAGAGAGUACCAGCCAGCAAGAGCUUGAAAGGGCCGAGUACGACCAAAUAUGAAGGUGACAAGAAGGAAAUGGUGGAGCACAUCAGACAGGCUCUGUAUGCAUCCAAGAUUAUCUCGUAUGCCCAGGGCUUCAUGCUGCUGAGAGAAGCAGCAAAGGAAUACAAUUGGACACUCAACUAUGGAUCAAUUGCUCUCAUGUGGAGAGGUGGCUGCAUCAUUAGAAGUGUAUUCCUUGGCAACAUCAAGGAAGCAUUUGAAUGGAAUCCUGGUCUCACUAAUCAUUUGCUGGAUGACUUCUUCAAAGAUGCUAUUCAUCGCGACCAGGCAUCAUGGCGUAAAGUCUGUGCAAUGGCUGUCACUCUUGGUAUCCCCACUCCAUGCUUCAGCACUGCUCUCGCCUUUUACGAUGGCUACAGAUCAGGCAGCUUGCCAGCUAAUCUCAUCCAGGCACAGAGAGAUUACUUUGGUGCUCACACAUAUGAGCUGCUCUCCAAACCCGGUCAAUUCAUCCACACCAACUGGACUGGCCACGGUGGUUCUGUCUCGUCAUCCACUUACACUGCCUGAUUGGUCAAGUGUAGCCAUUGAUAUCAACAUUUGUUUUUCAAUUGCUGUGAUGCUGUUGUGAUCUUGACAGCAUGAGAUUGUAUGUUGCUGUCAUUUUAGCUCAAAUGGAUGUCUGUCUGAUAUCAUUUACUCCCAACAGUUGUAUUGGUUGUUCUGAUGAAUUAGGUGCAGUACAAGCAAGUUGUUCUCCUUGUUCUCAUUGAUUUUAAGUUUGAUAUUAAUAAUCACUACUGAUUGACAUGCUGGGUUUGUAGGUUGCUAGACAUAAGUGAAUAUCUUGAUUAUUAGACAGA